UUGCUGCUGGCGGGCUCGCCAACACGACGCACGCAAAAUCACCAGGAAAAAGCCGCGGAUUAUUUUUAGAUCGGCGGAGUGAGGUUGGCAGCGCCGUCGGGGGUAAUCGGACAGUUGUUACGCAAGUUGGGUUGGAAAAGUCGCUAAAGUAGAAUUAAAACGUAAUGUGGUUCGAGAAAUUCUUCAAUUUACCCAAGGUUAGGGCGCAGGAAGCCGAAGCGGAGGCCGAGGAGGAACUGGUCGACCCGCAACAAGAACUAAGGGAUAAGUGUGGGGACACCUCACACUGCAAGGAACUGUACGAGAAGUACCAGACUUGCAAUGACCGCGUUAACUCCAGGUCGAAAACUACGGAGACUUGCGUCGAGGAACUCUUCGACUAUUUGCACGCCCUCGAUCACUGCGUCACCAAAGACUUGUUCAGCAGGUUGAAGUAAAUACGCUCCAAUAGUAGAUUUGUUAUUUAAUGUUCCAAUAAAUAGUAGAAAUUA